AUGUAUACCAUCGACGACGACGACUCCGGCCCCGAAGACGGCCGCCGGGCUAGCCGCCCCCUUAGUUUCAUUGCGACCCAGGGAGAUCACCUAGAGCGCCUUGCUAGCCUUGCCGAGGAGCCCUCUGAGGAGAACUCGGGAGAUGAGCUGCGCUUAGUCCGGACAACCUCCGACAAAAGCAAGGCAGCACUACACGAUACGACCGGUGGAAAGGGGGUCAAUGAUGGUUUCAUAGGAGGACACGCCUUGAAGAAGUCCAACACCUUCCCAGAGAGGAGACCAAGUGAUACGAGCAGCUCGUCAGAAAGGCCGACCUCCCCGCUUUCGCCAGCACGCUCGAUACGGGACCUCCAGGCCGACGGAUCGGCCUCUCAGUUCCCCAUGACGAAUAUCGACGACGCCAACGACAUCGCACAAGAGUUGAGUAAUCUGCAGGCGCUGCGACGACUGUCGAUGGAUGUUGGAGGUUUCAACGAUCCCGACCUCCUUCCUUUCUCGAACAUGGGUCUGGUCCAGUCCGGCCCACCAACGGGUGAAGAUGACGAAGCAGACCCGUCCCGCCUGCUGUGGGUGCCCGCGAGAGUACAUCCGGAACUCGAACCUACGGCGUUCAAGGACUUCCUGGAGAAUCGUGUGCAGGCAAUAAAGCGGAGGUCCAGUGACUCCAUGUUGUCGGUUGACCUGAACCGAAGUGACUCGACAGGUGGAGGGGGCCUGAGGAGAAAAAAGUCGAUGCUCUCUCGCCAGAUCAAGCCGACCAGUGAGGGCAUCGACUACGUGGAUGGUUCGGAGAGGCUGCAACGGCAGCGCUCCCGGCAUGGCGAUGGCAAUCCAGAACCUAGCCUGGGCGAGUUAGUAGAUGAUCCUACCAAAGCAGUCAAGAAGCUGGCGCUCGAGACUCACCAAGAGGUGGACGAGGACGACGUUCCGAUUCUUCCUGCUCCAAGUAUGGGUCUAAGACGCUCCACAAAGACGACAUACAGAAAAAGUGGCAGUGUACGCGGGAAUAAAACUUCAUUUUCGAAGAGGAUCUCCGGAAGGCAGUCAUCAGAGCACGAAGAUGAUAUGCCCCCUGUCCCGACAAUGGACGAGGCGUCAAGUCAAGGCCUGAAGAGGGUACAAUCGGAACCGGUCCUGGCCGACCUCUACUCGCAGCCUGAGAAAUCGGUGCGAAGACGGCAAAAUUUCAACCGCGAGACUCCGGGCUCAUCCGAAGAAAUAACGGUUCGACGAUCGUUAGAAGACACCCCCUCCGGAGCCCUUCAAGACGAACCAAAGCCGAUCAGCCCGCCUGCCCCGGCACCAGCGGAGGUUCUCCCUGUCAAGAAGGCUCCGUCCAUACCGCCACCCACAGCCGCCCCGCCGCCGGUGCCUGCGAUUGUUGAGACGCCACCAACAGAGACAAAGGAGCAGACUUCAAAGCCACUGCCCGAUAAGGCCUCCACUAAGAAGGCAGAGGAACCUUCGACCCGCUCCGAAAAACGACCGUCGCUUGAGUCAACCCAGCCAACACCGCAAGUCAAUGGCAAGAGUCAGGCUAAGCCUUCUGCGCCGAUCGUGGCUACACCACCUGCACCAGCAGUGGAGGAGAAGAAAGUGGAGGAAAAGAAAACGGACAAGAAGGCGAAGGAGAAGGAAGAGGUCGAGACCCCUACCAAAUCGUCAGGGUGGAAAUGGUUCAAGAGCGAUGAGAAGGACAAGAAAAAGCGCGAGAAGGAGAAGGAGCGCGAGAAAGAGGAGCAAGCUCGGAAAGCGAAGGCCAAGGGUGGAGACAAGAGCCACGAUACGACCCGGUUGGACGUCCUACAAAACUCUAUUGAAGGGGCUUCCAAGGGCCGGGAGAGCCUGGUGCUGGAUCGGGAGAGCAUCGACAGCGGCAAGAAUGAGGAAAAGAAGAAGGAGACCAAGAAGGAGAAGGAAGGCUUCUUUGGUGGCCUUUUCGGAGGCAAGAAGAAGGCCGAUAAGGAGCCCACCAAGAAGAAGGAGCAAAGACCACUUACUCCAGAACCUCCUCGCCGAAAACUCGUUCCCGAUGUCGACUACUCUUGGACCCGCUUCCCAAUUAUUGAAGAGCGAGCCAUUUACCGGAUGGCUCACAUCAAGCUUGCGAAUCCCCGCCGACCCUUGCACAGUCAAGUCCUGCUCAGCAACUUUAUGUACUCGUAUCUGGCUAAGGUCCAGGCGAUGCAUCCCCAGCUGAAUGUGCCCACUUCGCCGCAGCAAAGGCGAUUAGAGGAAGAGCGCAAGCGCCGCGAAGCCGAACAAAAGGCGGCACAGCAGCGAGCGAUGGAGCAACUUGCUCUUGAACAACAAAUGGCGGCGAUGUCUGGCCAAACCGAUUUCAACUUUGAGUACCAUCGCUCUGGUAAUGGCUACGGCGAGGCAUCGGGCGGCGGCACUCAGUACGUCGAUGACGCUCAGAUCUACGAAUACGAGCAACAACGGAACGAAUCUCGCGCCCGUCAUGAAAAACAACAAGAGGAAUAUCGCAACAAGGGCAAAGAGGACGAGGAGGGUGACAUGUGGUAG